AUGGCACCAGCUCCGUCAUUGCGAAGCACUUGGACUUCAUUUUAUCCUCCGAAGCCCAACUUUACGGAGAAGAAUGUAUCCAACCUUGGCGGGAAGGUAUACCUUGUGACUGGCUCGAACACGGGCGUCGGAAAAGAAACAGCUCGCAUCCUCUACGCCAAAGGCGCAAAAGUUUGGGUAGCUGCGCGAUCUGAAGAGAAAGCAAAUACAGCCAUCGAAGAAAUUAAGAAAGCCGAGCCACGCUCGACUGGCCAAUUGCAUUUUCUGCAUUUUGAUCUCAGCGAUCUUCGUGAAGUCAAAAAAGCUGCGGAGAAUUUCUUGUCUCAGGAGACAAAGCUCCAUGUUCUUUUCAACAACGCCGGCGUGAUGGUAGGGACAUCAGAAGCCACCAAAACAGUUCAAGGUCAUGAGCUUGCACUUGGUGUCAACUGCAUCGGAACACAUCUCUUCACCAGACUACUCACACCUCUCUUGAUAGAGACGGCGAAAGCGGAGCCGGCAAAUUCCGUUCGCGUGGUCUGGCUUUCUUCAUUCGGACUGGAACUGUUCGGCGCCCAGGAUGUGGGCGUAGCGCUCGACAAUUUGGACUACCACGAGCCCAAAGCCGCAGCUGAGAGAUACGGAAUCAGCAAGUGCGGUGCGUGGGCACUUGGAGUCGAGUACGCUCGGCGUCACAAAGCCGAUGGCAUUGUCAGUGUACCGAUAAAUCCAGGCAAUCUAACUUCCGAGCUUGCUCGCGAUCAACCGGUGGCGUUGAAAAUGGUCGUUAAGGUAGUCGGCUAUCCUCCUAUUAUGGGAGCAUACACCGAGCUAUUUGCUGGCUUGUCUCCGGAAAUUACUUUGGAGAAAUCCGGAGAUUGGGGUACGUGA